AUGAGUGUGCAGGCGUAUGGGAUAUUCGGGUAUAAAGGAAAUGUGACAAUAGUGAGAAUUACAAAAGGGAAAAAUAAAGGUGCACUUGGGUACGUGCAACUGGAAUAUAAUAUAAACCAUAUUCCACACAUAAUUAUAUCAACUGUAUCUGAUGCCUUAGAGAAAGAACUAAGUGAAACCAUAGACCAAACAGUCUCAGAGAGUGACAGAAUUAUGUGCAAUGUGCCUGUGACAGAUAUAUCCAUAUCCUUGGAUCGAUUGGAAAUUAUAACCAAUUCAGUCUCAUUUCAAUUCAUGAAUGCAAUAGACUUCUGUGCUUGGAAGGGAUUUAUUCAAUGGUCAUUUCAGGCAGUUUCAAAAAUAUCAAAAAAAAUACCUUCCAUCAAGAUACCAGGGAUAUAUAAAUUAAAUGAAGACUUUCUUAUUUUUAAGAAAUACUUUACAGUGGGUGACUGGAGGAAAACAGUGCAAAUAAAUAACCGUAUCCUGGAGACAAAUAAGAUGCAUCAUUAUAUGGUGAAUAACAGGAUCAUACAAAGAGCAGAUCCAUUGAAACACUGCGCCAGUAGGGAAGAAAUAAACAAACAAUUCUACUUGCAAAGUAAUUGGCAGAAUCCAAAAAUACUUCCAUACGUUAAGGAAGUAGACGUAGUCUCUGGGAAUGCACAAUUUCACGUAUACGUAUUCGGGAAGUACUACAGACUAGUGGUAGACGAACUUCCAUUGAAACAUGAAAUAUGCAUAGAUUGGAUGGUUAAUAUGUCAUGUUGUUGCCAGUACAUAGACUACGACGGGAAUGGUGAUGCAGUUGAAAUGUCAUUUUCCGUUACAAUUAAUUCAUUUAACAGUAAUAAGAAGGAGAUGCUUGCUGCCAUAUACAAAAAUACAUCAGAAUUACUGCAUAAAUAUUGUACGGGUUAUUUGCAGAUAUUUGAAAGCAUUGAAGACAGAAUGGAUAACUACUUCAGAUUUAUCACAAGACAGCCAGACCUAGUGGAUGAAAUAUUUUCAAACCAUCAAGAGAGGGAAUUCUUCCAAAAAAAGUGCAGUUUUGAAGAGGUCCUUAAGUACUCAAUGAAUCUGUUUGAAUUGCGAAUUAGAAGGGCAAAUGACCAUGGUGCAUAUAUACUUAAAAAACAGCCUGAAAAUAGACUAAUUUCAGUUGCACUCAGUACCCUCUGUGAAGCAAAAGAAUUAAAAGAGAACUUUCAUGAGCUGACACCAGAAGAAAUGGCUGACCAUGGGGGAUGGUACUCUACGCAGCAGCCAAAUAUUUAUGUCCUUGUGACAGAUGCAGCAUACGAGGUGGAGUGUGCAUGUCAAGUGGCAAUUGACCUUCCUGUGCUUUCUUAUAGGUCGAUCUUUGUGAUGCUCAAGAAUUCUGGGCAAAUUCAAGAAGGACAUCCGGGAGAACUGCAGGAAUACAUUGAUGCUUUUAUUUCUGCUACAGUUGCCUUGGAAGACACUAUCUCCAGUAAUAAAAUGCGAAGUCUUUUGGAAGAACCUGAAAAUCUUCUUUUUCUGGAAUCACCAGAGAGUGCUAAUAUGCUGACAAGAAUGAGCAGUACAAAGAGACUAGACUAUCUUACAUGCGGCAGACAGAUAUAUAUGCACAGUAUAUCACGGCUCCUUCUGGAUGGAUAUAACCCGAAUAGAACAAUUUCAAAUAUCCUUCAGAUGGGUCUAGUAUCACAGGCAUCUUAUUUUUUUCAAGUUAAAUGCGCACUAUCUGCAAUAACGGACUUUCUUCCAUAUUCAAAGUUUUUGUUUGGUGAUGGAAGACUUUUCUUUCUCACAUUCACAGAAGAGAAAAAAUACGCAGAAAUGGAAUUUAACUCAUCCCAUCAUAUUCAGUACCUUCUAUUCCUGGAGCUACUUGAAAUUCAGUGUCAGGCGUACAUGGAAGUCUGUUUAUUAAAAAUAUCCCACUGUCACCCUGUAAGGAAGCUUGAAAGACUGUUGAAAUAUAAUUAUAUGUCAAGAGAAUUGUCCUGUUGGAAAGAACUGGUUUUAUUUUAUAUUCAAGAGGCACAUGCACGGCUGUCCUUAUUUAGGCCUUCAUUCAUCUCUAUGUACCUUCUCUCAAGUAAUAUUAUGAUUAGAAUGUAUGAAAAUACUAAGAAUUUUAAGGAUACAGAAAUACCAGUGAUUUUAAGGUAUUUUACGCCUGGCCUUUACUCUGACUAUCUCUCUGAGGUGAGUGUCCACCAAGAAGAUGCUCUUUGGGCAUCCAUUCAGGAGAGUUUUUCUGCCUUUGAGAAAUUCAAGGUGAAAUAUUCUUCAUCUGACAGACACGAAAUACUUCGCAUUCAGAAUACUGGUGAGAUUGUGCGUAUGCUGUCUGUCAUGGCAUCUUUAGAUGGUUCUCCUACUAUGAGGAGUAUAAUUAUGCUUAACAGAAUUCUUAGAAAUUUAUUGAGUUUUUAUAUGAAGUUUUACCUCUCCAAGGACAUCUGUGCUAUAGAAUACGCAAAAUGUCUUUCUGUCUCUCUCAGGAUUAUUCAAGGCAUAAACAAGGACUUGCUUGCAGAUCCUGGUAUAACCAUUGGAAGAGCAUGUACGCAAGAUGAUUUGUGUUGGGCACUGAAGAAAAAGCUGUUAUUUUCAAACGCAGUGUUUAAUUAUUUAAUUAGUGACCUUGUGGUAUACACUUCCACACUGGUCUCUGUAGAGGAUAUAGUGUUUCCUAAUGAAGCCUUUGUUUUAUCCCUGGAGACAUAUAUUAUCCGGUGGGCUAACUACCAUGCAAGUAUACCAACCAUUGAGGAGGAUGCAGAUAUACUGAAAUCCACCCUUCUGUAUUACUUUCCAAAGAGUCUUAAAAAGUAG